UCUGCGCCGCCCUAGUGUCGCGUGACAGAAGGAUCCACAAGCAACAUCAACAGCGGCAGCUGCAUUCCAUUGCCUCCUUGUCUUGCACUCACGAUGCGCACCGGUCUCUUGACGGCGCUCAGCGCUCUUGGGCUCGCGACCCUGGCGCAAGCCCAAGUCCCAAGGGCAGCUGGCAUGACGUCUGACAGUUUCUGCAGCACAGCGGGCGACUUUUGCGUUACGGGAUUGUACCUGCCCGAACGGCAGGCCAUCAACUAUACUCUGGUCGUCGCUCAGACUGGACAGUACGGAUGGACGGGUAUCGGACAAGGAACGCAAAUGUCCGGAGCCAACAUCUUGGUGACUUGGCCCAAUGCGGAUGGAAGCGUCACCACCUCGCACAGAUCCGCCCCUGGUGAGGUGAUGCCUACCGAAGCUCGCGUCAGCGCACAACAAGCGCAGGGCUUCGAAAGGAACGCUGCACAAUCCGUUCAGACGCAGCAGCACACCAUCAGUAGUUGGCUCUUCGGUCAAGCCGAGGCUCCCGGAACCAUCGAUCACAUCUUUGCCUACGCUGGAGCGGCCAAGGCUCCAGCUUCGGCAGACUCCGCCGCCACCAUCCGUUACCACGACAGCCGUGGAUUUUUCACCCUCGAUCUGACCAAGGAGUACACCGGCGCUGCACCCGCUGGCCUUGCUGGCGGUCAGGGCGCAAGCACGGGAGAUGGAGGUGCAGGCACUGCCGGAUACGGCCCCGCGCAGCGAGACCUGAGCAACAAGACGACUCAAAUCUGGUUCGCUCACAUGAUGUUCAUGGUACUGGGCUGGAUGCUGCUGGUGCCCCUGGGCGCCUUCAUCGGCCGAUUUGGACGCACAAUGUUCAAGUGGUUCCCUUACCACAGUGCCGUUCAAAGUUUGGCAGUCGUCUUCGUCAUCAUCGGUUUCGCUCUCGGCGUCUACAACUACCGUCAGCGCGGCACACCACAGUGGAGAUUGCUGCACCACAAGCUCGGUCUUGCGCUCUUCAUUCUCAUCCUCAUUCAAGCCAUCCUGGGAGCAACGACGCACGAGAUCCGCAAGCGAACAGGCUUCAGAUGGGUCGGUUUCUUCCACAUCUUCAACGGUGUCGUCAUGUUCGGUCUGGCAGUCUGGAACAUCAGCGAAGGCUUCAAACUGUGGACUUGGCAACCUGGAAAUGCGCCUCGCAUUGUCAUUUGGGUCUGGGCUGGUGUGGUCGGUGUGGUGUACCUCGCCGGACUGGCUCUGGUGCCCAGGGAGAUCCGACAGGACAAGGAGAGAAAGGAAACCGCGUCGCACGGUGAGAAGGGCUCGGAUGAGCACCUCACGCACAACCCUUCGCCCUCUCAAGCUGCUUGAACGACGGGAAAAAAGACACACCAAAGGUUCCAGAGUCUACUCCGCUGUGCCCCCCUUUCGACCGAUCGCUUUUUGCUGCCCCUCUCAUCGUCUAAGUUACUAUUGUAUCAUCAUUACCUCCAAUCGACUGACUGCUGCAUACC